AUGGCCAACAUAUCAAUAAAUUUUUGCCCCACCGAUGGAUAUCAGUUUCGUGCAGACGAAGCAAAAUGUAUUUAUUGUAGUUUUGAUAGGUCAAAUAAAGUUUUGGUACAGGAAAAUAAGGUGAAUAAUAAAAAUCCUUGGCGUAAAUUAUUAUGGGUAAAACAAGAAUAUCCGGACAAUCAUGUAGACAGCUCUUUUCUUGAAGAAUUACAGAAAAAUGCCAACCUUAGGACAUACGAUUAUUGGACGGUUGUAAUGGAGUCGGGGGUAAUUUCACAGCAUAUUAGCAGUAUAGUAAUAUUUAUAGCUGUUUUUAUAUAUCUUUAUUUGGACAUGCUAUCCGCACAAAAUCUUAUUGUUAUUGGAACAAUUUUCACUUCUAUCGGAUAUAUCUUUUGGGAUUUAAGCAUAUUAAAAACCGAUCCUUCCUAUGAAUACACAAGGAGGCAAACUGCAAAAGGAGCUAUUCUGUUUUUUGCGACACUGCUUGGAUUAUCGCCGAUCCUUAAAACACUGACCAAGGACACGAGUAGUGAUACAAUUUGGGCUUUAACAGUCAUCCUAUUUCUUGCCAAUAUGUUGUUUCAUGAUUAUGGAUCGGGAAAUCGAACGAAUAUCAAAUUUCCAGGUUCAUUAUCAACUAAUGCGGCGAUUUUUGCUUCUGUGCUUUUAGCAUCGCGAUUACCCUCAAAUUCACACGUAUUCGGAUUAAUGUCCUUUGCGGUUGAAUGGUUUGCUCUGUUCCCUAUAUUUAGAAGAUAUACAAAGGUAAAAAAUAUUAAAUAA